UGCUGGAGCCAUCAGUGUCAACCCGCUGGGAUCCCUUUCCAGGGUGUGCAACCUUUGUUUUUUCACUCUUUGCAAUAAAUCUUGCUGCUGCUCACUCUUUGAGUCCACACUGGCUUUAUGAGCUGUAACACUCACCGGGAAGGUCUGCAGCUUCACUCCUGAAGCCAGCGAGACCAGAACCCACCAGGAGGAACAAACAGCUCCAGAUGUGCCGCCUUCAGAGCUGUAACUCUCACCACGAAGGUCUGCAGCUUCACUCCUGAGCCAGUGAGACCACGAACCCACCAGAAGGAAGAAACUCCGAACACAUCCGAACAUCAGAAGGAACAAACUCCCGACACGCUGCCUUUAAGAACUGUGACACUCAGGGCGAGGGUCCGCGGCUUCAUUCUUGAAGUCAGUGAGACCAAGAACCCACCAAUUCCGGACACAGUAAGACUGGGGCAAAAGGUGGAAGAGAUUUGCAAAAUUCAGUUGGUUUUAAAAACAUUCUACAAAGGAUAGGAUGCAGCUUAGCCUGAUGUGGUAUAUCAGACCUCAGUAAAGAAUAAAUUGUAUUCUUAUCAGACAGGCAGCAGAAUUCAUUAAGUACCAGCUGUGUUUGCCUCCUGCUGAAUUAGACACCAAUGUGUGUGGUGACUAAACUAAGAGUUUGAAAUGCCUUCAAAUUAUUUUUCUUCCUUUGCAAUUUUGUGACUUAUUCGGGAUCAUAAUUUCCACUUAAGUUACCUUCGUCCUUCAUAAAAUCUGAUUAAACUGACUCGAACUUCAGCAUGAAAGUUCCAAGUACUAUGAUUGUUAUUAUUUUCAUGAGAAAGAACAAUGAAUAUGAUGCAAUGUAAAUAGCUUGCAAACAUUAAGGACAAGAAAAAAAUGUUGAAACCCAGAGAGAAGUUUCAUGAAAACAGCAAAGUAACAUCCUAGACAUGGCUUUAGAGAUCCACAUGUCAGACCCCAUGUGCCUCAUCGAGAACUUUAAUGAGCAGCUGAAGGUUAAUCAGGAAGCUUUGGAGAUCCUGUCUGCCAUUACACAACCUGUAGUUGUGGUAGCGAUUGUGGGCCUCUAUCGCACUGGCAAAUCCUACCUGAUGAACAAGCUGGCUGGGAAGAACAAGGGCUUCUCUGUUGCAUCUACAGUGCAGUCUCACACCAAGGGAAUUUGGAUAUGGUGUGUGCCUCAUCCCAACUGGCCAAAUCACACAUUAGUUCUGCUUGACACCGAGGGCCUGGGAGAUGUAGAGAAGGCUGACAACAAGAAUGAUAUCCAGAUCUUUGCACUGGCACUCUUACUGAGCAGCACCUUUGUGUACAAUACUGUGAACAAAAUUGAUCAGGGUGCUAUCGACCUACUGCACAAUGUGACAGAACUGACAGAUCUGCUCAAGGCAAGAAACUCACCUGACCUUGACAGGGUUGAAGAUCCUGCUGACUCUGCGAGCUUCUUUCCAGACUUAGUGUGGACUCUGAGAGAUUUCUGCUUAGGCCUGGAAAUAGAUGGGCAACUUGUCACACCAGAUGAAUACCUGGAGAAUUCCCUGAGGCCAAAGCAAGGUAGUGAUCAAAGAGUUCAAAGUUUCAAUUUGCCCCGUCUGUGUAUACAGAAGUUCUUUCCAAAAAAGAAAUGCUUUAUCUUUGACUUACCUGCUCACCAAAAAAAGCUUGCCCAACUUGAAACACUGCCUGAUGAUGAGCUAGAGCCUGAUUUUGUGCAACAAGUGACAGAAUUCUGUUCCUACAUCUUUAGCCAUUCUAUGACCAAGACUCUUCCAGGUGGCAUCAUGGUCAAUGGAUCUCGUCUCAAGAACCUGGUGCUGACCUAUGUCAAUGCCAUCAGCAGUGGGGAUCUGCCUUGCAUAGAGAAUGCAGUCCUGGCCCUCGCUCAGAGAGAGAACUCAGCUGCAGUGCAAAAGGCCAUUGCCCACUAUGACCAGCAAAUGGGCCAGAAGGUGCAGCUGCCCACGGAAACCCUCCAGGAGCUGCUGGACCUGCACAGGACCAGUGAGAGGGAGGCCGUUGAAGUCUUCAUGAAAAACUCUUUCAAGGAUAUAGACCAAAGUUUCCAGAAAGAAUUGGAGACUCUACUAGAUGCAAAACAGAAUGACAUUUGUAAAUGGAACUUGGAAGCAUCCUCGGAUCAUUGCUCGGCUUUACUUAAGGAUAUUUUUGGUCCUCUAGAAGAAGCAGUGAAGCAGGGAAUUUAUUCUAAGCCAGGAGGCCAUAAUCUCUUCAUUCAGAAAACAGAAGAACUGAAGGCAAAGUACUAUUGGGAGCCUCGGAAAGGAAUACAGGCUGAAGAAGUUCUACAGAAAUAUUUAAAGUCCAAGGAGUCUGUGAGUCAUGCAAUACUACAGACUGACCAGGCUCUCACAGAGCAGGAAAAAAAGAAGAAAGAGGCACAAGUGAAAGCAGAAGCUGCAAAGGCUGAAGCGCAAAGGUUGGCGGCGAUUCAAAGGCAGAACCAGCAAUUGAUGCAGGAGAGGGAGAGACUCCAUCAGGAACAAGUGAGACAAAUGGAGAUAGCCAAACAGAAUUGGCCGGCAGAGCAACAGAAAAUGCAGGAACAACGGAUGCAGGAACAGGCUGCACAGCUAAGCACAAUAUUCCAAGCUCAAAACAGAAGACUUCUCAAUGAGCUCCAGCAUGCCCAGAGGACUGUUAGUAACGAUGAUCCAUGUGUUUUACUCUAAAGUGCUAAAUAUGGGAGUUUCCUUUUUUUACUCUUUGUCACUGAUGACACAACAGAACAAGAAACUGUAGAACUUGGGACAAUCAACAUUUAAAUAAACUUUAUAAUUAUUUUUUCAAACUUUCA